AUGUCCUCAUACGGUAGCUUCCUCGACGAACUUCACGUUGACCGUGGAAGUCCUCACUACGAUCCACUCCUGCUACUCAUCAAAUUAAGCCUGACCUCGCGACCCGCAAUCAGAGAGGUCCGAAUCGGCUAUCCUAGUCUCGUCAGGACAGCAAAACGCCAUCGAAAACCAAUGUGGAAAUCUUCAGCAACAGCGACCUUCAUAUCUUACACAUGGACAGAAUCCAUACGAAAAGUCCACGCACAAGCUAACACCGCUCAAAAGGCUUACAUCGCUGUCCAAGAGGCCAUGUUGGCGGAGUUGAGGAAAGAGGAGUACACGAGACAAUAUUAUCUUGAUGUUCCCAGUUUCUUCGAUCAUUUGGAAAUAGCUGAGUUCUGGCCUCCUCUCGCGAAGGACCCGAAGUUUAUGAUGAGGUUUAUCAAAGCCUGCAAGACAGAGUCUCAGCCAUCGACCAUAAAACAAUGGAAGAAGAAAAUGAGGGAGAGCAGAGAGAAGAGGGACAAAACUUUCCACUUCAGUGAAGGAUGA